GCUGCUGAACUUGCAGUCAGUGUGCAGCGCCGCCGAGGCAGCGGUAGCAAGGAUGCCGGGACCAAGACGACGAUGCAGCGGCCGCGCGCUGCUGCUUUGCAUUUACACCACACAUGCAUUCCUCGCGCCCCCGCCGGCGCCGCGUGCGCCUCAGCUCAACGCGCUCGACAGCUUCAUGGUAGGGCGUUUAGAUGAUAUGAGAGGCACCUUCGACGAGCUCACGGCACGUUUAGCUGAUCCGGACGUCCUCGACGACCCCGACAAGAUGCUCCAGAUCUCGAAGCAGCGCGCCGACGCCGAGGAGGUCGUGAACACGUACCAAGAGUACGAGAACCUGGAAGAGGAGCUGUCGGGAGCGACGGAGAUGUUCCAGGAGGCCGAUGACCAGGAGAUGAGAGAACUCGCAAGGGAGGAGGUCAAGGACCUUGAAGAAAGGAUCAAGGCUACCGAGGACCGACUAGCUUUACUGUUAAUCCCCAAGGACCCCAUGGACGAGAAGAACGUCAUGCUGGAGAUCCGCGCGGGGACGGGCGGCGGCGAGGCGGCCAUCUGGGCUGGCGAUCUCGUGGAGGCCUAUACGAGGUACGCGAAGACGCAGGGCUGGCAGACGCGCGUCGUGGAUGCGUCGCCGGGCGACGACGGCGGCUACCGGCAGUACACGAUGGAGGUGACGGGUCAAUCAGUUUAUAGUAAGCUGAAAUUCGAAAGUGGCGUGCAUAGGGUUCAAAGAGUACCAGCGACCGAAAGUCAGGGCAGGGUGCACACGUCGACCGCUACAUUGGCCAUCAUGCCGGAAGUUGAUGAUGUCCAAAUUAAGAUUGAUCCCAAGGAUAUUAGUAUGACGACGGCGCGGUCGGGCGGCGCGGGCGGCCAGAACGUCAAUAAGGUCGAGACGGCCUGCGACCUCAUGCACCACCCGACGGGGAUUCGGAUUUUUUGCACGCAGGAACGGACGCAGCUCAAGAACAAGGAGCUGGCGAUGCAACUACUCCGGUCGAAGUUGUUUGAAUUGGAGCAGGAAAAACAGGCCGCCGAGAUCAAGGAACAGAGGUUGAUGCAGGUCGGCACCGGUGGUAGAUCCGAGAAAAUACGCACCUACAACUGGAAAGACAGUCGGUGCACGGACCACCGGCUCGGGCAGAACUUCAACCUCGACAAGGUCCUGGCCGGGGAGUUAGAACCGGUGGUGGCCGCCUGCGUCGCCAUGGACGAGAAGGAGAAGCUCGAGCAGCUCGCGAAGGAGGCCAUGGCAUAACUAUCCACAUUUAUUACUUCCGAGUCGCGGCGAUGACGCGUCGAUAUGGCCUCGCGUCGGUGGCGUGGAGGUGUCGCCAGACGCCGUCGACGCGGCCGCGCGAGAGUCUCGGUCGCGCCCGCGCCGCCGCCGACGCGAGCC